CUAAGGAUGUGGGGGGAAACAUGUGGCAUAAUGACUCGCGCAAGCGCCGUUAGCCACGACGGUUAGAGUUGUCUUAGACGCGCCUGUCGAAAAGAUUUAAUUUCUUCCGGAAGCUGCCAGGACUUCAUGAUGGAUUUGUAUUCCUCUGAGUAAGCAGAAAAUUGCGCGAACACAUCUUACUUAGCUAACUUCCGCGGCAAGCACCAGUUAUUUCCUCUUAUACGUAAUAGGUUGCGACCGCCCUCCCUGAAGGAUGGAGAAUUUUUUUUUAUCAACGCAGGCACCACCCAGACUCCUAGACUUGCUUAAGCGAGGGGGCCUGAAGAGGACCCCGGGCCGGCGGCCAUUUUGGUGCCUUCGCUGAGGUGCCGCUCGCCGCGCUCGUCGCCGUUGCCCUCCCCUCCCCUCCCCCAGGAGCCCGCCGGUGUCCGGUCCCCGCCUCGGCCGCCGCCGGGUCCUCGUAGCCGCUCCAGGAAAGCAAAGAUGAACGUGAUCGACCACGUGCGGGACAUGGCAGCUGCUGGGCUGCACUCUAACGUGCGGCUCCUCAGUAGCCUCCUCCUCACUAUGAGCAACAACAACCCUGAAUUAUUCUCUCCAUCUCAGAAGUACCAGCUUUUGGUCUACCAUGCAGAUUCUCUCUUUCAUGAUAAAGAAUAUCGGAAUGCCGUUAGCAAGUACACAAUGGCCCUACAGCAGAAAAAGGCCUUAAGUAAAACAUCGAAAGUGAGACCUUCCACUGGCAGCGCGACUUCAACUCCUCAGAGUCAGUGUCUUCCAUCUGAAAUUGAAGUAAAAUACAGAAUGGCUGAGUGUUACACAAUGUUAAAACAAGACAAAGAUGCAAUCGCUGUCCUUGACGGGAUCCCCUCGAGACAGAGAACUCCUAAAAUAAACAUGAUGUUGGCCAACUUGUACAAGAAGGCGGGGCAGGAGCGCUCUUCGGUGACCAGCUACAAAGAGGUGCUGAGACAGUGCCCGCUGGCUCUGGACGCCAUUCUAGGUUUGUUGUCCCUCUCUGUAAAAGGGGCAGAAGUGGCAUCGAUGACAAUGAAUGUAAUUCAGAGCAUCCCUAACUUGGACUGGCUUUCAGUGUGGAUCAAAGCGUAUGCCUUUGUGCACACUGGCGACAACACCAGAGCCAUCAAUACCAUCUGUUCUCUAGAGAAAAAGUCCUUAUUGAGAGAUAAUGUGGAUCUACUGGGGAGCUUAGCAGAUCUGUACUUCCGAGCUGGAGAUAACAAAAACUCCAUUCUCAAAUUUGAACAGGCCCAGAUGUUGGAUCCCUAUCUGAUAAAAGGAAUGGACGUUUAUGGAUACUUACUAGCACGAGAAGGACGCUUAGAAGAUGUCGAGAAUCUGGGCUGCCGCUUAUUUAAUAUUUCUGAUCAGCAUGCUGAGCCAUGGGUGGUGUCUGGAUGUCAUAGUUUUUAUAGCAAACGAUAUUCUCGGGCCUUGUAUUUAGGAGCCAAGGCUAUUCAGCUUAAUAGUAACAGUGUCCAAGCUUUGCUGCUGAAGGGAGCAGCCCUUAGAAAUAUGGGCAGAGUUCAGGAAGCCAUAAUCCACUUUCGGGAAGCCAUACGCCUUGCCCCUUGCCGGCUGGACUGUUAUGAAGGUCUCAUUGAAUGUUAUUUAGCCUCUAACAGCAUUCGGGAGGCAAUGGUAAUGGCCAACAACGUCUAUAAAACUCUUGGAGCAAAUGCACAGACCCUCACCCUUUUAGCCACCGUGUGUCUCGAAGAUCCAGUCACCCAGGAGAAAGCAAAGACCUUGCUGGACAAAGCCCUGAGCCAGAGGCCAGACUACAUUAAGGCAGUGGUGAAGAAAGCAGAGUUACUUAGCAGAGAACAGAAGUAUGAGGACGGCAUCGCUUUGCUGAGGAACGCGCUGGCCAAUCAGAGCGACUGUGUGUUACAUCGGAUACUGGGCGACUUCCUGGUGGCCGUCAACGAGUAUCAGGAAGCCAUGGACCAGUACAGCAUCGCUCUCAGCUUGGAUCCCAAUGACCAGAAGUCUCUAGAGGGGAUGCAGAAGAUGGAGAAGGAGGAGAGUCCCACCGACGCCACUCAGGAGGAAGAUGUGGACGACAUGGAAGGGAGCGGGGAAGAAGGGGACCUGGAGGGCAGCGACAGCGAGGCGGCCCAGUGGGCCGACCAGGAGCAGUGGUUUGGCAUGCAGUGACCCUGGCCUGGCGUCUGGGAAGAAGAGCCCCGUCUUGUUGCCAUGGGGAAUUAGGCUUUCUCACUCUGUGUCCUCAGUUGUCACUUCAUUUUUGGAAACUGGGCCUUCCGAGCUCUCCAGAUCUCUGUCCCCUCCUGCUCUUGCCGUGAGCAGUCUGGGAAGCAUGCACGUUUGCUCGAGGCUCUGGGACAAAAGUCAGUCUCCGUGCACUUUGGUUCUGAGUCCCCGACCCGGAGUCGGGCUUCAUGGGGAAUGUGGCAGGGGAACGGCAAAGGAAGCCUGCUCCAGGGCCGCUGUGCUCCGGCUAGUGUCUGAGGGCGGCCGCCGGGACCCUUUGAACAAAAGUCCCUUUGCUAACUCCCAUAGGCUCUUCCAAAUCUCCCUGUUGAAUUUGCUUCUUUCUGCAGUGUUGGUGAUGCCUUAAACUGAAGACUGGAUAUUUUGCAAACAUUUUCCUCUUUGAUAAUCUAGCAAUUUGCUUCUAGAGCCCAGGCCACGAACUAGGUUCCGGAUUAUAGCUUCUUACCAAGCAGGGAACGAGAGUCCCUUUUCUUAGGAUUCAUGACUCUUCAUUGGCUGUUAGAGAAUAGAGCCACUUUGGGGGUACGGAAAUGGAAUUCCUCUGGCUGAAGUGAAGCCACUCUGCAGUUUUUGUUAUUUCUUUUCUCCUGUUGUGUCUGGUCUCCAGGAAUAGCUGGAAAAGUAAGUUUUUGUUAAAAGUUUUAAAUUUAUGCUGCCUCA